GGAGCCCGGAGCCCGGCCCCGACCAGCGAACAUGGCAGCAGCGUGAGAAGGCUGGCGCCGGGUCGUGGCCGCCGCUGCUCUGCCGUUCCGCAUCCGCGCCCGGCGCCCUCCGAGCCUCCUGCUUAGCCGGCCUGCCGGUGGCCGCCGGUUUAUUUCCUUUGGAGCGGCGGGCAGCGAGGACUGGGACCCCCACCCCCCCCCCCCCCCCGCAGCCUGGCCGGUCCGGUCGAGGCUUGUGCGUGCGACUCGCCGGCUGCGGUAAACUACGCGCGCGGGGGAGAGAGCCGGUCCCCGGCUGCGGCGGCGCGGGCGCGCGGGGAUGAGCCGGCCAUGGAGCGGCCUCGGCGGGGCGCACGCAACCGGCCGGCGCUGCCAAGGGGGAGCCGCCUGAGCCCGGGUUCCGCGGGGCUUCGGGGCCUCGGGCGCCCCGGCGGGGUGCCUGCCGCCGCCUCUGGGAAGGACCGGAGCCUCGCGUGGCGGACACAGCAGCGGUCACCGAGCUGAGACGCCCAAGCCCGCUCCUCCUGCAGCUCGGUGCGUUCUUGGGCACCCGGGCGCCCUGCCCGGUGCACGGUGGCUGGCGCACCGCGGCGAGCCGGGUGCCAGACUGUCUAGAGGGGGGUGUGUGUGUGUAUUUGUGUGUGGUGUGUGCGCGCGCGUGUUCGAGCGGAGAUCCCGAGCUAACGCCGAACCAGGCGGAUCGGAGCAGCCAUGCUUCCCGGGGUAGGCGUGUUCGGCACUAGCCUCACGGCCCGUGUCAUCAUCCCGCUGCUGAAAGACGAGGGCUUCGCGGUGAAGGCGCUGUGGGGCCGCACGCAGGAGGAAGCGGAGGAGCUGGCCAAGGAGAUGAGCGUCCCCUUCUACACCAGCCGCAUUGACGAAGUGCUCCUGCAUCAGGACGUGGACUUGGUGUGCAUCAACCUUCCGCCGCCCCUCACCAGGCAGAUCGCCGUCAAGACUCUGGGCAUUGGCAAGAACGUCAUCUGCGACCGCGCGGCCACACCGCUAGACGCCUUCCGCAUGAUGUCGGCCGCCCACUACUACCCGAAGCUCAUGAGCGUCAUGGGCAACGUGCUGCGCUUCCUGCCGGCCUUCGUGCGCAUGAAGCAGCUCAUCGAGGAGGGCUACGUGGGCGAGCUGCUGGUGUGCGAGGUGCAGGUGCACGGCGGCAGCCUGCUGGGCAAGAAGUACAACUGGAGCUGCGACGAUCUGAUGGGCGGCGGCGGGCUGCACUCGGUGGGCACCUACAUCAUCGACCUGCUGACCUUCCUCACCGGCCAGAAGGCCAUCAAGGCCCACGGGCUGCUCAAGACCUUCGUGAAGCAGACCGACCACAUCAAGGGCAUCCGUCAGAUCACCAGCGACGACUUCUGCACCUUCCAGAUGGUGCUGGAGGGCGGGGUGUGCUGUGCCGUCACCCUCAACUUCAACGUGCCCGGCGAGUUCAAGCAGGACGUGACCGUGGUCGGCUCGGCCGGGCGCCUCCUGGCCGUGGGCACGGACCUGUACGGCCAGCGCAACAGCGCCCCGGAGCAGGAGCUGCUGGUGCAGGACGCCACGCCGGUCAGCAACUCCCUGCUGCCCGAGAAGGCCUUCAGCGACAUCCCCUCGCCCUACCUGCGCGGCACCAUCAGGAUGAUGCAGGCCGUGCGCCAGGCCUUCCAGGACCAGGACGAUCGGCGCACGUGGGACGGCCGGCCGCUCACCAUGGCUGCCACCUUCGACGACUGCCUGUACGCCCUGUGCGUGGUGGACACCAUCAAGCGGUCCAGCCAGACGGGCGAGUGGCAGAACAUCGCGGUGAUGACCGAGGAGCCCGAGCUGAGCCCCGCCUACCUGAUCAGCGAGGCCAUGCGCCGCAGCAGGAUGUCCCUGUACUGCUAGCCCGGACUGGGGGGACCCGGACUGGGGACGCGGCGUGACCCAGGCCUCCAGCCAGAGGAUGGGGGUGGGGGACACUAGGGGGCGGGGUGGGGGGAAGGGAGAGGUGGCCUCGAGGAGUCUGGGGGCCGGGAAGCGGAAAGGGGCAGUGUGUGGGAAUGGGGUCUGGGAGGCCGAGCCCCUACCCGGAUGAGGGGCCCCAAUCAAGAAUGAGUUGGGAGGCUGCCUCUCCCUGCCCUUCAACUGUGAGCAGCCAGGAGGGAUGGCUGGCCUCUGCACUACAUCCAUCGCGCCACCAGCUCCCCCCCCAACCCCUAACCCCGUCUUAGCCUCCUUUGCAAGCCAAAUGCCCGUUUGCAGUCAGGGCCCCUGAAUCCAACAGGCGAGCUCAGCGGGCAGAAGAAGGUGCAUUGUUAGGUGGCCACGCCAGCCCCUUGGUCUGGGGAGAGGCAGGAUCAGUGGCUAAAGAGAAAGUUCAGAUUCCAGGAAGCCACUUACAGGGUCUGCGGGAAGAUAAAGUACUUGUAGCAAAGUAUACAGCUUUCUUGAAGGUUGGGCCCCCCGAAGCUGAAGGGAGGAGGUGUCUUCCUAAUUGACUUAUUGCCCUUUUCUUGGCCUGAGGCCAAGUCAAGGAGUGCCAAGAAGGGCCAGCCGAGGCGAGAAUCAUGCUCCCUGGAGCCAAAAGGUGAGGGCAAGGGCCCCGAAAUAGACAAGGCAGAGAAGAAAAUUUCCCUUUGGAUGUGUCAGGAUUAAAAGCCCACAAGGAGCCACCUUGUAACUAUUUCCAGUGCAGUAUAGACAUGGUCCUUUCAGAGGACCGAGGAGACAGCCGGAUGGACCCAGGACCAUAAGCUCCUGGGCUGUUGUCCAGGCCCCGGGGCAGCUGUGAGCCCCAGGCUUACAGGGAGAAGUCCCUAGCAGAAGGGAAAGUGAGCCACCCCUGUGCCCAUCUCUCCUGGCAAGCUGGGGAAGGGCUCCUAGGAGAGUCCCCCACUUUGUGGAUUUUAAAAGGGAAGCCUUCAGGUUCACACAGAUAUAAUCAUCUUCCCUUUGGGGGAGAAAAAUGUCAAGGCUCUUUUCCUUAGUUUGGACCUUUGUUCCCAUGCAUCAAAAAAGUGAAAACUUUUGACUAGGUAUUAAAACAAAAGGACAGCAAGGAACAUUAUCUUCAGUAUUUCUAAAUGGGGUUUUAGAACCCUCUGAGGUGUAUAGUUUGCUUAGGCUUGAGAAAGCUAAUAUAGGAAAAAACGUCUUCUCCCUCCCCUGGCCUCCUAUCCCGCUUAUCUUAACGCCCUCUGCUUAUUGAGCUUUCACUGGAGAUGGCAAACUGCAGGCUCGGAGCAGGCGGUGCCAGAGGGAACGGCCAGAGACAGACAGACAGACACACGUGUUUAUAAAUGCUCUCUACCACCUUGUCACUAAAAUCCUUCUUGGGAAUUCAGACCUGGUCUUGAAAGAAAGCUUAAGUCAAAUACAUUUUGAAAAUGAGGGCUUAUCCUAUUGUUUCCUUUUCUUAAUUCUUCACCACACAUAGGAUGUUUGUUGAGGUUGGCUGUUGAGAGGAUUACUUGUAAGUCUACGGAGUCUGUUCACAGUCACAGAAACCCAGCUGUUGUCUUUGGCACACAAGUAACAUUUGGAGUCUUUUCAGACGGCCCGCAGUGAAACUGGAAGGGAAUUUAAGGGGCUGAGAGUGCACCCCAGGCUCUGAGCAGGCAAAGUCUCAAAACGAACUAACUGUCCGAUCAGUUGCUCCUCCAUCCUCGUACGCUAUGCAUCCCAGGCUGACCCUGGGUGCGGUGGUGCCAUGUCCAAACACCCCUGGAAUGUUGGUAUUUUCUAGCACAGAGGAGUAGGAAUCAUCUUCCUAGAAAGAAUUUCCCUGCUUCCCGGGCCUUCCUGCCAUGUGCGAAGGUUAGUCGGCUACAACUCUCCAUCAUAUCAUUUGUUCCUUCUCCGCUGACAGAAUCAGCAUGCCAGCUUUUGUAGCUAACAGCUCAAAACUAGAAGUUUGGUAGUAUGGAAGCCUUCCAGUGAGAGUUUGAGUGGAAGGCCAUGCCAUGGACUUUUGAGGUUCAGAUUCUCCUAAAUUUCUCUCUGGAUAAAUAGGUUUUAUAGAAACUGAGUGGAAAGAAUUUUUUUUUUCUAGUUAGCCCAAAGGGUUGGGAUCGAGGAUGAAAAGAAAGGAAACUAGUGACCCUAUGGGUCUCGUUUUUCUAAGUCAUUUAUAAUCUAAGUAGGGCUGUUCCUGGGGGUUCAGUUUUGUUUCUGUACUUUAAAUACUUGAAAGUUCUUUUCCCCACAAAGAUCUCUGAGUUCUGUGAUGAAUAUUUAGUGUCUAAAGCAAAAAUUCUCAUUUGAGGCUGGGGUAUAUGGAAGAAUAUAUAUUCUUAAAAAGCAGCAUGAAAAAUAGUACAUGUACUCAGAUUUUAUCUACUGAAAUGCAUGUGAUAGGUAGAUGCACGAACAGGUAGAAGAAAAGGCCUAAAUGGUUCAUUUUGUUAAUAGAAAAGCUACAGUACAUGGCUUCGUUAGUGCUCCUUUGGCCCCAGACCUGUCACUUGCAAAGACUUUGUUAGGAGCCACAAUAUAAAGUUGAAAUCUCCAGCUCUCAACAACAUUCUCUAGGACUUUGCCCCAGCCCAGCACCCCUAGUAGUACCCGCAGGGGACUGGGUGGGUACCCUUGGCUGGAUUGGAGCUUAGAUGAAGCUUCUGGAGUCAUCCAGCCCCCUUUCUCUCUGCCUUGUUGAAUGUGUUUCAAGGGUCCAGCAUGAUGGAGGCUCCAUCUCAGGGUCAUCAUAGUUGGUCCCCACUUGCCUGGUUUGUCCCCAUCAUUGUUCUGGGGGGCCUCUGAUGUUUGGCUCAUGCCACUGGUGGCCUCAAAAGAUGUUCCAGAUUCUGAGAGAGGGAGUGUAAGGGGUGCUCACCCGGUGCCCACAAGUGUUUGGGAAUGCCCUGCGCUUAUUUGGAAGGUUUGGAUUCUCUGAGUUUUCUCUUGGAGAGUUGGUGACCCCUGUCAGCUCCCCCUAUGACUCCUCCUCACCCCCCUGGGAGAGGUGUGGCAGGGGACCUCAGGGCCUCCUCAGCCCACCUUGGGCCUCUAAGGGCAGUCUUGGCCGACUCCAGCUGAAGCGGAAGUUCUCCCAGGCCCUUUUUCCCUCUGCAGAGAGCCAUCUCAGUCCUCUCUGAGUGCCCACAUUUCCUGAUCAUCUGCUGUGUUUAAGGUAUUUUAAGUGUGGUGGUUUAGUUGCUCAGUCGUAUCUAACUUUUGCAACCCCAUAGACUGUAGCCCACCAGGCUCCUCUGUCUGUGGGAUUUUCCAAGCAAGAAUACCAGAGUGGGUUGCCAUUCCUUUCUCUAGGGGAUCUUCCGGCUCAGGGAUUGAACCGGGGUCACCUGCAUUGCAGGUGGAUUCUUUGCCAACUGAGCUAAGUACAUUCUCUUACUUAAUCCAUAAAACCACCCUAUAGUAUUGGGUAUUGUUAGUCCCAUUUUAUACAUGAGAAAAUUGAGGCUGAGAGGAUGAGUUACCUGCCCCAGGGUCACAAAACUAUGAAGUACAAGAGCGGGGGUCACCUGAAUCCAAAAACCUUCCUUCUCUUCCAAACCUCAUGGCCUCCCACAAAGGAUGGUGUGCACCUCUGCAGUUCUUUGCUGGGCAAGAAAGCACUCCUUGUUGAACCCUGUCGGGGACUGUGGGGCGACAGUGAUUCGACACUGUGCCCUGCGUGGGGCUCCCCUCUGUGGCUGUCAACACCUCCCCGUGGAGCUGGGUGUCACAUUUGCUAUUGUGCCAGAAGUUUCCUUGUAGAGCUGCAAA